AUGUCCAAAGAUGGAUAUCUCCGCGAAAUUAUGAAUCGAUAUGAAUCAGAGGAGGACGAGUUUAUGCGGGAGCUCGAGCAAAUGUCCCAUUCGAUCCGGGAGGACGAGGCAUCGGUGUUAUCAAAAAGAAAGCGAAACUCGGUGCUAUGCGAACGAGACGAUAGCGAAAGUGAUGUGCCCCAGGAUCCGCAGCCGAUAUUGAGCGUACUUUGUAGUCUCGUGGAUGAGAUUGGGACGCUUCGGAAGGAGAAUCGAAGGUUGAAGACUCGACUGGCAUUGCCACCACCCAGAAUGGACCCGCUGACGGCUUCUUCUAUCUCGACCGACUUCUCGUAUGAUGGGCGCCGUGAUUUUAGUAAAAAGCCGCCGAUCGUGCAACCGGAAAUGACGGACAGUGAUGUCGAAGAUACGGCUUUUGAUGAGAAGCGCAAGGAGGUCAUCAGCUCCGUGAGUGAUCUGCUCCACCCGCCCCGCGUCGUCACCAGGCGCAAGCGGAAGGACAGCCGGGACGCUGAUGAAAUCGCAAGGGAGGAGAGGCAACGUCGUAUCAAGAAUCGCCAAUCCGCCCGUUUCGCCGCCGAGGAGAGCGAGGAGGACAGCAAUUCGAUGGCCAACAAGCGAAAGUCGACGUCCUAUUUGACGACCGGCUACGAUAAGGAUCGAUUCGAGAAUGAAAACGUGCUCCGCGUGGACAGGGAAACGCGGCUGCGCCACGAGCGAGAUUCUCUAUCAGCCGAGAUUGCCGAGCUCAAGACGCGCAACGAGCGACUCGUCGAGCAGCUGCGCGAAAAGUCCGGUCUUUUCAGCCGACAGCAGGACCGACUGGCGGAAAGUGAGCAAGAGUGCGACGUCCUGCGCCGGAAGUGCCACUUCAACGAGAGCCUAGAUCGGCUGAGUCUACGCGAGCGCUUCACCCACUCUCAAAUGGGCCUUUUUGGGAAGGUGGAAGAUCGACUGCGCGAAUUCGAGUCGAACCUGCAACAGAGCCGAGCCGAGAUCGCCUCCCAGGACCAAAUGGCAAAAAGAGCCGUCGUCUCCGACCAGGCCGCAUAUCGCUCGAUGGUUGAGCAGGUCGAGCGCGUACAGCGCGAAAAUCUGCGUCUCACUCAGAAAUGCCUGAAAGAUGCCCAUAUCGAAGACGGGGCCCUGGCCAGAAAGUUGUCGCUCCUCCCCUCCUACGAUGCGCUCUCGGCGAGCUCCGAUCGGCGCUGCACGACAAGUCCGGGCGAGCUCAGCCGCGCCGAGCUCGAUCUGAUUGCCGCUCAGAGCUCGUUGCUGAUCACCCACACACAGGCAAAACGUGAGCUGCACUUCUUGCUCCCCUUCAAACUCCAGGGGUCGCGCCUCGAGAAUUUGCGACGCCAGAACCGCAAGCAGGCCCAAUCCGCCCCCACCUUCGAGAGCGAGCGAGCGCUGGAGCACGAGUUCUUGAAUCUGUUUGGAUACGCGCAAAGCUUGGCCCACAUUGCCGACCGCCCCGAUCCGAGCCCGAAAUCGAGGGACCAUGGGGCAGCUGUGGUCACUCGCCAUGAUACAGCUUGUCGAGAGCAUCCGCAGCCCCCAUGCCUCCGCCAACGCCAACGAGCCCACGAACGCUUGUCGCAACGUGAGCGCGAGGGCCAGCGGCGCCCGAUCAGCCUCGUCGAGCUGGAGGAGCGCAGGCAGCGCAUUGUUGAUGAACAACGGAGAAGCAUCCUCGUCAAGGCGCCCGAGAAAAGGCAAGAAGCUGUGCUCUCGCUACAAGAUGUAUCUUCACCUCCAAGAAGUCCUCUAGCCACUCCGCUGUCCAUUCGAAGACGUACACUAGUCAAUAGUGGAAGACCACCAGACUCCCCAAUAAUUGGUGAGCGGAAGGAGCGCCGGCUGGAGAAGCAGCGAUCAAUUGAUGUAGAAGUGCUCCGACGAAGCGAACUUCGACAGCAAUCCACGGAAAAGCCGCCGGACCCGCGGCCGAUCAAUGAGCGAAAGCCAGAACGCAAAAUCGAGCGCGUUCCGAGCGAUCGUGCGCCGAACACCACCCAGAAUAAAGACGAUUUGAAGGACGAUGCCCUUGUCGCCUAUCGGCCAUCUUCACGACUCCAGCGCAGCGCUCCGGUCAGCCGCAUCCGCCCUCCGCACGCCACGUUCAGACCGAAAGCCCCCGAUUCGGCGCUCCACGCCACCGGAAUGCCGACGCCUAGACCAAAAGCCCGGACUUUGGAAUAUCCAAGCGCCCUCCGCCAUCCAUCGCCACCGUGUGCCCCAGUAAUUCCGGCGCACCUUAGCGGCUCAUUGUCCCCCACCCAGAGCGCCUCUCGGUUGCCGAAACCCGAAAAGCGGAGCUGGAUCGAGCGCCUGAAGCAGAUGAAGAAA